UUAUGACGUAAUAUUUUAGUUUACAGAAAAUUUGUGUAUUUUAAAUCAGGUUAAAACGAAAGUAGAAUGAGACAUGUGUUUUAUUUACAUCUUGUAGAUUAAUAGAUGUAUUUGGCUGGAUUUCUUAUAAUCAGACGUAUACUUAAAAUUGUUGCAAUCAUGUCACACUGUCAAGAAGGUGAAGCCGAGUUUAAGACUGAACGGAAAGUGGCCAUCAAUAAUAGCAGUACUAUUGAACCAAAAAUUGAAGAAUGCAAAUGCAAUGACUGCGGUAAAACAUUUAAAACUGGAAAAGGUUUAAAAAUUCACAUAUCAAAAGUUCACGGAAAACCAUCUAUAUCAAAUGUUAAAACCUCAAAACCAACAAUAGACCAAGAAAUCAAAUAUGACACACAAUUACCAUGUCAAACAUUGAAUCAAGACCAUGAUGAAUGCAAUUCGAUGAUAUCACAAGAAAAAGUUUCUGUUGUACAAGACGAGGAACUAUCUUCAUUAAAAUCAUCAGACAAUCAACAAGAAACACAAAAAGCUGGAUUCAACUGUAAUCAAUGUGAAAAGUCAUUUAAAACAAUCAGAGGAUUGAAAACGCAUGUUUCAAAAUCACAUAAAGUUUCAACGAAAAAUGGACGUGAUAGUCCACGCCUACCAGUAGACGAAGAUACAAGUGAUAAUGCAAUAGUUGAACAGAAGAAAAAAACUUCAACAGAUGAAGAUGAAUUUCAGAAGGAAGAUUGUGUGGAAGCAUGCUCCAAUGAGGACGAAGAGUUCGUUUUAGAUAAUAUUGAGCUGGUAUCUCCACCAAUCAUCAAAGAUACGUCCAUGCUUAGUUAUUUCAAGAAAGCCUUUGAUACUUUGUGGAGGGUAGGACUGUGGCAAAAGCUUAUUUCUAGUAACAUAACAGGUGUUCAAAGCGCUGAGUUCAAAUGUAAUCUGUGUGAAAAGUCAUUUAAAACAGACAGAGGAUUGAAAACGCAUGUUUCAAAAUCACACAAAGUUUCAACGAAAAAUGGACAUGAUAGUCCAUUAUUUCUAGAAGAUGAAGACAUAAAUGAUAACGAAGGACCUGGAGAGAAGGAAAAAUCAUCAACAGAUAAAAAUGAAUUCCUGAAUGAAGAUAUUGUGGCACCAAGCUCCAAUGAGGGUGAAGAGUCGGUUUUAGGUGUUCAAAGCGCUGUGUUCAAAUGUAAUCUGUGUGAAAAGUCAUUUAAAACAAACAGAGGAUUGAAAACGCAUGUUUCAAAAUCGCACAAAGUUUCAGGGAAAAAUUUACGUGAUAAUCCAGUCUCAUCAAUAAAUGAAGAUACAAGUGGUAACGAAAUACCUGACAAGAAGGAAAAAUCAUCAGCACAUGAAGAUGAAUGCCAGAAUGAAGAUAUUGUGGAGGAGGCAAGGUCCAAUGAUGCCGAAGGGUCGGUUUUAGUAGAAUCAAACUCUCAAUAUUCCACUGAAGAAGAAGACAGCGACGACUAUUAUGACGAUGCUGUAAUGGCUGAGGCUGAUUUUGAAUCUAGUGAAGAAACAAAUUCUGAAUCACUGAAAGUCAAAUCAAAAUCUCUUGAAUCCACUGACGAAGAUGAAGAAGAAAGCGACGACGAUGACGAUGAUUAUGAAGAUACUGUGUUGUCUGAAGUUUUAGAAUCAGAUAAAGAAACAAAUCCCGACUCACUGAAAGUGAGUGUAGAGCGUGAUACAAGACCAGUAUCUACGAAGACUAAACGAAUUGUAGAUAAACUGAAAAAAGAAAACAGUCUGACAAAAUCAGAAACUUCUGUAGCAGUAACAGAAACAAAGAAACUUGUGGACACAUUUUUUGAACAUCUCAGAGUUUUAUCACCAACACUUAAGUGGCAGAGAUUUAAUUCAGGAUCGUAUUACGAUAAAACAAAGAAUGACCAAGCUGAUGAAUUUGAUAUUAUGAUAUAUCCAGAUAACAUACAAGUUGAAGUUAAUUUUGACUCUCAAAUUAGUGGAUUCUACAAAGUUAAAUUUGAAUCGCCUAGAGUUGAGGAAAAUUUAAAAAACCAAGUAGAAACAAAUGGCUACAUUCAUCCUGGCAAGUUCAAAGAAUAUGUGUUUGGUUUGUUCGACCAAGUAUUCCAAUCAACAGAGCAUCAUAUGUUUAGAAGAGUAACAAAAAAAGAGAGAUCGGACAACAGCAGUCCAGCAUACACGAUCUUUUAUAACGGCAUCCCUGGAAAACCUAUAGAUAUUGAUCUAGUUCCUUGUUUUCGGAUUAAUACUUGGCCAUGCAUUGCAAGAAAAAUCAACCCAAAUUGGAUACAUCCUAAACUUGGAAAUAUAGUCAACGAUGCUAUCAAAUGUUAUGACGUUGUUACAAAGACCUGUCCAGAUGAGGUUGAAGAAGGUCAUCUUUUGUGGCGAUUGUCAUUUUCAUACACAGAGAAGAAGUUGGUAAACUCUGCUAACAGUGUCGAUAAAUUCAGCACAAAGAAAACUGUAUUCAGAUUAAUCAAAUCACUCAUUCAAGAACUGAAAGAUAAUAAUCCAGCAAUUAUGAAAAAAUUCUGUUCAUAUCAUAUCAAGCAGUUUAUGUUUAAACAAUAUGAUACAUGGGGGGAAAUAUAUGACGACGCAAAAACUCUUAGAAAUGUUCUACAGAAAUUGUUGGAGCAACUGUCAAGUUCACCCCCUUUCAUAGAGAAUUAUUUUAUAGAAAAUGAUAAUGUAAUCAGGUAUGUUCCUAAGCCCGAAAUCGCUUUGAUUGUAAAAUUUCUACAAGACAAAAUGAAAGAAUUAUGAAAAGUAGUUAUAUUGUCAUUUGUAUAUGUUUAUAUUAUGCUUUGACCAGGUGUGCAUAUCAUAAGAAAAAAUAAAAUCGAAAAAUUUCCAAAAAAAUCAUAUUUAAUAAACAUAAAGGUAAAACAUUACAUUAAAUAUAUAAGAUUCAUGUCUAGGUUUGGUCCACUAUCGAAUAGAUUUACUUUACUUAGUAGUCGCGAAGGUAUAGCUCUGAAAUGGGUAAUUAGUGUUCGUUUUCUUUCAAUAAAGUUGUAUUAAAUUUACACUAUCAUGACUUCUUUUUCAUAGACAAGUAUGUCGAAAGAAAUGGUUAUAUGUGUUCGUUAAGAUGAUAUCGAUAAUUUUGUUUGACGUCAGUACUGACGACGAUUUUCCCGUCGGACGUUGAUUUGAAAUGGAAGGUCGACUUGAGUUCUAAUAAACAUAAAUAAUAAAAACAAAACCUAUUCAAAUAC